AUGUGUCCUCAAGACCAACCUGAGCCUGAACAGGCGACUAAGAGUACUGAAACCUCCCCAGAUUCAUCCUCGAAAUGGGGGCAAGUUACCGUUGACCAGCAAAUCAAGAUCGCAGAACAAAAUGUAGGGUUCUUUCAGAGGGGGCGGAUACUCGCAGAGGAGCAGGCCCGUCAACGAGGCGAACUACUCGAAAAUGCUACUAAGGAAGCAAAAGUAGCCAGAAAAGAGAGCCGAAUUCUCAUGACCAAAAUAGCAAGCCUACAAGCUGGGAUUGAGACUUUCUCCGACGAAGAGGCUAAACGAGAGAUGUGCCUACUCUAUCAUGAUCUUGCACACUGGAGGUUUACUCAUUUCGCGGCAAAGCCAACACGAAUGAACGAUCCCACCCAUCCUACGCCAAGAUCAGAUAUGCUUGAUAUCUCGACAUUGGAUAUUAUUCAGGCGGACAUUGCCGCGUUAAUUUAUCGGUCGUUUUGGAAUGGAUUUAUGGUUGGAUCUGAUCACCAUUGGAGUAAUUAUCUCCGCAAGAUCGACUCCGAAAUAGAUAAAAAAUUUUCUAAUCACAUCUCCCGGCAUUGGAGAUGUGCGAUGAGCUCUGCCAUCUUAUCAUUGGAAACCCCUAGUUUACAAGAACAGUGUAGCUGGAUCAUCGAGAAGGUAGAAGCCUGCUUCGGUCGCUACGCUGUCACCGACAGACUAAAACGCAUGCAAAAGCUACAUAACAUCAUUGCACGCUGCAUCAAGUUCAAACAUAAAUUGGAUUGUCAGGAAGACAGAUACAUCUUUUGGGGCAGUUACCAAUACGGAUUACCGUUCCGGGAUGAGGAAAUGCGUACGCUCACAGAGGAAGAUACCUCGGAUGGAUUCGUCCAGGCUAGCUUGUGGCCUGGUCUAUAUAAGGUUAUCCAAAAGAACGAAUGGUCUAUCGUUGAAAAGGAGAUUGUGAAAAAGAUUCCCCCAGUGACCUCUUCGGUUGAAAUGAGCGAUGAAAUGGAAUCCCACGAAGGUGACCAAGACUUGAAUGAGAUUUGA